UUCACUUGCAGCAUCACCACUGAGCGGGACACACCUCUUCAGCUCAGCCUCGAUUCGGAUGCAUAUGAAAAACUCCCUAUGAAGCAGGUGGGUCUGUUGACAGGGUUGAUGAACUGAUACACGCUGUGAUGCUACGCGAUGUCGUACUACACAUACCCGCGCCUGCACAGGCAUUCACUAUGCCGCAUGCCUCAUCAAAACUCGCAACGUAACAUUCACUUGUGAAUAUAACAUCUUCCUACAAUCGCUUCAAACUCUGUUUAAGCCACAAGACAAGCUAGUUCUUACUCCUUCAAGACUUCCAAGAAUUGCCAUCCAACAUGUCUUGCCGACCAGCGAUAUGCUCCCACAGUCUUGGCCGAGCAUGGGUCCAUGAUAUGCCCUCCAAGUUGGAUCAAGCUGCACGUUACGGUUUCGAUCUCGAACUCUUCUACGAAGACCUCUAUUACGUAGCGAAGGAACUGCCUGGAGGCGCGACACCAGAGAACCACAUCCGAGCGGCCAGAUAUAUCCGCCAACUAUGUGACGACCGGGGUAUCGCUAUUAUGUGCCUGCAACCGUUCAUGCACUAUGAUGGCCUACGAGACCGACAACGACAUGCGGAACGAAUCGAGGAGAUGAAGCUCUGGGUCGAAAUGGCACAUAUCCUCGGAACGAAUCUCAUCGCCAUUCCCUCGACAUGCCUCUCGAAUGACGAAGUGAGUGGAGAUGUGGAUCUCAUCACAGCAGACCUUCGAGAGGUAGCAGAUCUCGGAGCACCCGAAGGCAUACAAUUCGCAUACGAAGCCUUGGCUUGGGGGACACACGUCGACAGAUGGGAGCAAGUAUGGGAGAUCGUGCAGCGAGUGGACCGACCAAACUUUGGGAUAUGCUUCGACACAUAUAACUUCGCCGGAAGAGUCUAUGCCGAUCCUACGUCGCCUGAUGGGAAGACACAGAAUGCGGAUGCGGAUAUGGCAGCGUCGUUAAAGCGUAUGGUGCAAACAGUCGACGUCGCAAAGAUCGCAUACAUCCAAGUGGUCGAUGCAGAGAAGCUGGAGAAGCCUUUAUUGGAAGGCCACGAGUUCUACAACCCGGAGCAAUGCGCACGAAUGAGCUGGUCGAGGAACUGCCGAUUAUUCUAUGGUGAACAAGAGCGAGGUGCAUAUCUCCCGAUUUACGCCAUUCUCAAGGCACUGCUUGUCGACCUUGGGUUUGAGGGAUACAUCAGCGCGGAGAUGUUCAAUCGAAGUCUCGCAGAGUCAAGUCCGAGUGUUCCGGAAGAGCACGCCCAGCGUGCAGCGGUGUCAUGGCAGAAGAUCGUAGAAGACUUUGGGCUCAACAGGCGGACAAGAUCUGUGAGCACCAGCCAAUCUGCCGUGGAAGGAGCGCCGAGAGCGCAAUUGUGAUACUGUUGUGAGGGGGUUUCAGUCGAACCAUCAAGCGUCAUGAUAGACUUAGAAUUAUUAGAGCCAGAUCAGCUUAGAUACCCAGAGAUCUGGAAUAGUAAUGGUAGUGCAUGAAGCACUCUUUCUCGUGAUCCAUGCCUGCCUUCAAAUAUGUUG